AUGAACAUCAUGCGCAAGAAGGCGCAGUACGUCAAUAUUACACCCAUUCCGUCUUUUAUACCGCGACAACUCGCCAUCGACUUUCUUCACAGCCACGGCGAGAUUAUCGAGCUCAACCCUCUCGUCACCGGCCACGAGGCCAUCAAAGCACCACGCGACGCUCCAGCUGACGAAUUCUACUCGACUUGGUACGAGAUUUCACAGCGUAUACAAUAUAUCCCCGGCAUUGGCAAGAUUGGCAGCGGCGCCAUCAAAUUUCGAGGAGUUUUUCACGACCUCCCGUUCGGUCUGCAGACACACACCUAUGCGCCUGCGAAUGUCGACUUGCGCAACAAGUGGCAGAUAUGCGGCAACCAGCCUGGAGAGCCACCAGAGCCGAGGGAGUUGGGUUCCAAUGCGCCACCGGAAGGCCUCUACAUCAGGGAGGAUGUGGAGAUCAAGUGCAACAUGACGAUGCUCAGCUUUGUAAAGAAGGAAAUGAAGGCUGCAGCGAAGAUUAUGGUGGAACGACUGGUCAAGAAGGCUGAGCUGCUUGACCAGGGCGCGAUACAAGCGAUGAUGGAGAAUGGGCGGCUGAGGACAGUCAACCCGGCAGACCGCUCGGAGCGAAGAACGCCAAACUCAUCACCACAACAACCUUAUGUAAUGCCCAUGUCGCCACGACACGCACACUCGCCGUCAUUGUCACAGAGCCAUGUUAGCCAGCAAUACGCGCCCCCUAUACCACCGAAGCAGCUCCUAGGCGAAAACAAUUUCGUCACAGAACUACCAGGCGACUUUUACCACCCCCAACCAUCACCUUCCUACCUCCACCCCAACGACAACCGCAAAUCCAGCGUCUCCGAACCCUCGCAAUAUUCCCCAAAGGGCCAUGACGAGCGCUGGUCAACCACAUCACAAAGCUCAGCUUCCUCGCGACCGAGUUCCUGGACACCAUCAGAUGGUAUGCGGUCGCCAGUACCCGAUAACAAGGGCUUCGCGUCCGAGUUACCGACCAUGCAGGAGACGAAGGAGGAGCAUAACGGACAGCCAAAGUACUCGUAUAAUCCACAAGACUUCGCGGGACAACAGGUGCAAUACGUCCAUCGACCGCCGUAUCCAACAUCAAUGUAUGGGCAGUAG